AUGUGUGCUCUCCUGCACCUCCUCCCCCUCUUCGUACUCCUGCUCGCCCUCCCUUAUCCCAGCCUCUCCGAGCAUCGCAUCUGCGAAUGGCAAGACCAAGGCACGCCACCCGAGGAAUUCGGGUAUAGGCUAUGGUGCAUCUCGAUCAUCCACAAGCAUCGCCCCUACAAGGCUACGUGGGAGUGCAAAGGCAAGACGGUUGCCGACUUGGGAUACCUGAGGGAAGGGGUUUUGGAGAUUUAUACGGCCUGCGGUACCGGAGGGUAUGCGGAUGACUGCGACUGGGAUACGUGGGGCGCCUGUAUUGACCCCGAACACUGCUACUUCACCUCAAAAAGUGACGACUGUGAAUGGCCGGACAAGUUCACCUCCAAAUACGCUCCUAGGACGAUUGCCAUUUGGCAAAAACUCAGCUCGCAUAAUCUGACGCAGACAAGGGCGUUGGAGGGGCGCCGAAGCGAAGAAGGCGGUGGUGGCCGCGGCAUGAAGGGGUCCGAUGGUGGCAGCAGGCGCUGAUGUCAGGCUUUCAUGUAGGCUCAAGCCUUGGCAUCCACCGAGGCACGCUGACAAGGAGUUACUCUUUUCAUUACCG